CUCUGAUCGAAAUGGCGAUUUUUGCAUCUGUUCCAAACCCUAAUCUCUUCUCCUCUCUCCCCACACCGCCACCACAACCACCUAACAACAACCCCUCCACCAUUAAACCCCCAAUUCCAAUUCCAAAAUACCCACCACUUCAUAAAUCCCAAAACCAACCACCACCAAAACCUCAAUCCAGCCCCGCCUUCAAAACCUUCCACCGCCGCUCCAAAUACUACAAACCUGUCAGGGACGGUGACGUCGUUUCCUCGGACGGCGACCGUUCUGUCGUUGUUGGUGAAUCUGGCGUAUCCUACCAGCUCCCUGGUGCACCAUUCGAGUUCCAGUACAGUUACUCCGAGAUACCCCGAGCCAAGCCAAUUGCCAUUCGUGAGCCGGCUUUCCUCCCCUUCGCGCCGCCGACUAUGCCAAGGCCGUGGACAGGUAAGGCGCCGUUGAAGAAAUCAACCAGGAAGAUAAAGCUCUUCGAGUCACUGAAUCCGAGUACCAAUGCGAAGCAAUUGGAAAUGCUGAAGCCAUAUGAGCUUGGGAAUUUUGAGGUGAAGCCGAGGGAGGAAGUGCUUGGGAAGCCAUUGAGUAGAGCAGAGAGACAAGAGCUUGUUAAGCGUCACGUUUCUAGUAAUCGGCAGGUCAAUCUUGGAAGGGAUGGAUUGACACAUAAUAUGUUGGAAUUGAUACACUCCCAUUGGAGGAGGGAUCCUGUUUGCAAAGUUCGAUGCCUUGGAGUUCCCACUGUCGAUAUGAAAAACCUUUAUCGUGUUCUUCAGGAGAAGACUGGUGGUAAGAUCAUUCUUCGAACUGGUGGUGUGUUUUAUCUUUUUCGUGGUAGACACUAUGAUCCUCAUAAUCGUCCACAAUAUCCUGUGAUGCUAUGGAAACCGGCAACUCCAGUUUACCCUAAGCUCAUACAAGAAGCACCGGAAGGGUUGACUAAAGAAGAAGCCGAUGAGUUGAGAACAAAAGGGAAAAAUCUUCCCCCAAUUUGUAAGCUAGCGAAAAAUGGAGUGUACAUGACCCUGGUUAAAGAUGUAAGACAAGCUUUUGAAGAGUCUUCGCUGGUGAAGAUUGAUUGUAGAGGGAUGCAUGCAAGUGAUUACAAGAAGAUUGGUGCUAAGUUAAAGGAAUUGGUCCCUUGUGUGUUGCUAUCGUUUGAUGAUGAACAAAUCUUGAUUUGGAGAGGUCAAGGUUGGAAGUCUAUGUACCAUGGUGCACCUAUAUUUUCGACCCCUACUUUUGACAACAUUGCAAACAAACCUAGUUCAGAAAACAUCGAAGAUGGCUCUUACAAAUCGGAAUCAAGAACAGUGGUUUCAAGCCCGAGAAUAAUGUCGUUAUGGAGGCGAGCCAUCGAGUUGAACAAGGCAAUGGUGCUGGAAGAUAUUGGGGUGGGGCCCGAUGAUCUUUUGGAGGUGGUCGAGGAAUUUGAGACGGUUUCACAGGUGGCGGAGCAUACAUAUGAUGCUGUAAUCAUGUCAAACGAAGAGAAAAGUGAUGAUCCUGAAGAAGAGGAUUACAGCGAAGAUGAGAGCGACUUCGAUGAUGAAGGCUCGGAUGACGAAUAUGGUGAUUUGAGCGAGAAGUCGGCUCCUCCAGGAUCAUUGCCUGUUGAUUUUCUAGCAGAGCAGCUCGGUGAUGGUGACGAAUGGAGGCCAAACCGUAAUCGAAGAUGAUGAUGAGAAGGGUUGGAUCCGACGUGGGUGUAUAUAUAAUUGCAGUAAUCGAUCAAUCAAUGGGCUUCAUUGGAGCUGUUGAUUCAGUUGGUCUUUCUUGUUACGAAAAUGUAAAAUGAAAUCUCUAGUUUUAAAAGCCAGUGAUGUAAAUGAAAAACGACCCUACGUGACAUAUGCUUUGUCUAAAA